AUGGGCGGUUUUGAUGGUGCAGGAACAUGCGAGCUAGUUGAUUUAUUCCUUCUAUCCAUACUUCCUCCAGAAUAUCGAAAUGAUAUUGGUCUUUACACAGAUGAUGGCCUUGCAGCGUUUGACAAACAACCGAGAGCAAUAGAGAAUAUCAAGAAGCAAAUUUGCAGAACUUUUAAUGAACAUAAUUUAAAGAUUACAAUCGAAGCUAACAAAAAAUGUGUCAAUUACCUAGAAGCCACAUUUGAUCUAAGAACUUCCUCAUUUAAACCGUACAUGAAACCGGGAAACACGCUUCAGUAA